AUGGCGUCAACAUCUGAUGACAUAUCUUCAUGUAGAAACGAUGAGAUCGAUUUGAUCUCAUCAAGGAAUAAAGCUGCUGAUGAAAACGAAGAAAUAGAACGUACUGAGACGCCACUAUCAACAACAAUUGAUCAAAAAGAAAAAUUAUUUUCGACUUCAAAUACAAUCGAACCUAAAAGAAAAUCAACAUCGAUAAAAAGUUCAAUAUCUAUUUCUUCUUCUGAUGAUGAUGAAAUAAAUAAAGAAAAUCUUGAUAGAAAACGUCAAUAUCGUUUAAAACGCCGUUCAGUCAGUUUUGCGCCGAUGGUUGAAGAAUUUGAAAUACCUUCAUCUCGUCACUCUUCUUUUGAAUCAUCACAUCAAUCGAUCGAUUUUAUCGAUGUACUCGUCGAAAGUUAUAAACUUGAAACUGCAAAUAAUUUAUUUUCAUUAAAUGAAGAAAAAAAAUAUAUACCGAAAACAGCUCGUACACGCGUGAAUCCCAAUUGGCGUGAACAUCGUAUAAGAUGUUUAAUGAAUAAAUUAGAAGUUUUAAGUUUAUCGGAUCGAGAAGAAGAGUUGAAAGUGACACAAGCUCAAUUUUUACGUGAGCAAAAAUUAGAGCAAAUACUAGAUCGACAACGUAAUCAUGAUUUAUGUUUACAAUUAAUGCGUCAAAGGCAUGAAAGUGAAAUUGAAAAUGCUGCCUUAUUAGAUCGUUCUGAAAAUUCUAUCAAUGAUGAAAUUACAAGUACAACAAUAGCACAAACAAUGAAUUUAGCAUCACAGAAAAAUGUUCUUGGUUACGGUUUAUUGAUACCACCAUCGAUACUAAAACGACGUGUUCCACAAGAACACGACAACAAGCUAAUCAAUCUUAAAACACCUAUCGGUCGUUAUCGACAAUUUGAAACAACGAUGAAUAAUAAACUUGAAAAAAUCAACGACAAUUUACAACCCGAUCAACAAAUCUUGCGUGCUUAUAGUUCAUUUCAUACAUCAAUUCCAUCCACAGUUGUACCAUUAUUUAGUGAAACAUAUUUAGGAUUACUUUCAGUACCGAAUAUAUAUUCAUCAAACAGAUAUAAGCAAUAUCCUUAUGAUGUUACACAUGCUUCUAGUCCUGAUCAUGAGAUUCGUCGUAGGUCUCAUUCUACACGUGAUGUACGUGUACCAUUAAAAGAACAAAUGAAUGAUAAUAACAAAUAUGCUAGUGAUGAUGAUUAUGAAUAUAAUCAACCGAGAUUAAACUCUAUUCUAUCAGUACGAUCACCAAAUAAAAAUAUUCUUGAAUCUACAACUGAAUCUUCAAAUGGAGUGUCAAGAAAAAAUCGAUCAACAUCAGUACCAACAAAUAAACGGGUUCAAUUUCUUCGACAAGAUUAUGAUCAAGAAGAAAGUUUUCAUUCAAAUAAAUCAUCAAACAUGACCUUUAUCGAUUGA